ACUCAGUACAAUUGACUUACUACGCGCUAUUUCAAUUUCUAGACACUCCCGUUCUCUUUCACGACCAUCAUGGCUGAGGCCGUCGGACGAUUCGGAGCUGGCUGGAUUGAACGACUGCCACCAGAACUCUGGCAGAUUAUCCUUAGCUUCGCGCCUUCUGCCACAAUGCGGGAAUGUCUGGCCGUUUCCAAGCUUCUCCACGACAUCGCAGCUCCCAUGGUUUUCUCGGCACUCCGUAUUCAAUUCGGAGCCUGGCAAGCUGAACGUGACAUUCCAUGGGUCGAAGAAGACUGCGGCUGCAGGUCGUGUUGUGUGCUCUUACACAUCAUGACGAAUUCCAUGUUUGCGUCGUACGUCAAACAUCUUGACGUACUCGCGUUCGUGGAUAAGAACUUGAAGGCCACUUUUGAAUUGUGCUGCCUGACGAAAGCUCUUGGCGCCAUGCACAAUCUGCGUACAUUCAGGUGGCACACCAGUUCUCGGACGUCCAGUAUCCCGGACAACGAACUUCUGAAAACUCUAGCAUCGACGUGCAAUCGUCUCUGCGAAUACAGCUUGCCCAUCCAGUGUCUGAGCGAGAUACACAGUCUCAAACAGUUGCGAGCAACAAGUGUCUCCCUGCAGUUCGUGCAACGAAAUCGCGGGGGCUCAGAGGCGGCUCUGAUUGACAGUACCCUUGCGCCCCUCUUCGACGCAUAUAGAGGAUUCUUGACCCAGCUCUCCGUGCCAAGCCAGGCUAUCUUUGUAUGCCCCGUAUUUAUCCUGCAACAUCUGACUCAUCUCACAAUCGACUGCACCGACGAUGAAAAUCUUGGCAGCAUCCUAAUCGUAUUUGGUUGCUGUGAUCGUCUCGAGUCGCUGCACAUACAAUCCUUUGCCCAACGACCAGACGAUCUCUAUGCUGCCAUGGGUGCAAAUCCCUCUGCGCUUCCCUUCCUCACACACCUCAAGCUUUAUGUGUACCGUCCUCUGGGCGAGAUCAGAUACGAUGCGCUGGCGGGCUUCAUUCGGUCGAAGAAGAAAUUGCGGUGUCUGGACUUCAGCGGGGCGGCCGCACACCUUACCAAUCUGGCUCCUGUCCUGUCGGCUAUCGAGUCAUUGCCAGGUCUGGAGGUCUUGGGUCUCGACAUUGAGUUUGGAUACUCUGGACGGGCCGCAUUCGUGCACUUCACGCGUACAAUCCCCAAGACCGUCACGGCGCUACGUCUAGGUCCAGGGUGGUACGGAGUGGAGGACCCGCUGGACCCUGGCCGCCCGUGGAUUGAGCUGUGGGCAAGCCUUCCAAGGCUUGCCUUUGCAUAUAUCGGGGACGACGAAGAUGGUCCGAUUGUAGUAUCGGUUGAUGAACUCACUGAUGCCGUCCCGUCUCUCAGGAUGAUAGGCCGUUGGGGGCGCUUCCGCGAAGUGGAGCGUGUAGAUGGCGAGGUGAAAAUGAGUGAACCUUGGUCUCACACAAAAGUUGAAUUCCGAACGGUUCAGGACUUCGGGUGCGAAGACUGGGAGUGGCUCAUGCGGGGCUAUCCGUUGUUGAACGAUUACUGCGGCUAUGUUGAAUGAAAGGUGUCGGUAGGUGCGAUCGUGUUUAAUAUGUAUACCCAAGCGCGAGGGGCUGGCCCUGCGCUGGGACUGGGAGUACAGCGGGGUCGUAUUGCCUAGCAUGUGUUCAAUAUCGGGGCCCUGGUGAACAUUUGUCGGAAGUGGCGGCUUAGGACUAGUUAGUAAACGCCGACGAAGUUCCAGCACUAGGCCAGCCCGCUCACUUGUAGGGUUGUUAGACUGCUACCUAGAGAGAUUCUGGCCGAUGUAUGUACAGUGUAGUGCGGAUUACGCAUGCUACAU